UUCCUCCUCGGCUCCCCUGUCCCCCGCAGGCCGCAGCCGAGCCCAGCGCAAUCCCACCAGCGCGCCGCAGCAAGUCGCAAUGCCCCCCGACGGCGACGCCACCGCGGACCUCGCGGUGGACGAGCUGCAGAGCCUCAGCUUCGGUUCCUCCUCGCGCUCCCGCUCCGCCUCCACCGUCUCCACCGCCACCGCCUCAUGCUCCACCUCCUCCUCAGGUCCACUCCACCACCUCCCGCUCCCUCCGCGUUCCACGACGCCCACCGCCGCCGCCGCCUCCACGCAAACAAUCCCGCGCCUCGGGCCCGUCUCCCUCUCCGACAUCCGCUUCCUGCGGCGGCUCGGCGCGGGGGACAUCGGCAGCGUGUACCUCGCCGAGGUCAGGGCGAAGAAGGAGAAGCCCAACGGCGGCGGCGGCGCUGGCGUGGGGGCCGUGCUGGUGGCCGCGAAGGUGAUGGACCGGAAGGAGCUGGAGGGGCGGAACAAGGAGGGCCGCGCGCGCACGGAGCGCGAGAUCCUCGAGGCCGUGGACCACCCGUUCCUGCCGCGGCUCUACGGCGUCGCCGAGGGGGACCGAUGGUCCUGCCUCCUCACCGAGUUCUGCCCCGGCGGCGACCUCCACGUCCUGCGACAGCGCCAGCCGCACCGACGCUUCUCCGAGGCCGCAGUCAGGUUCUACGCGGCCGAGGUGGUUGCCGCGCUGGAGUACAUCCACAUGGUGGACAUCGUGUACCGCGACCUCAAGCCCGAGAACGUCCUCGUCCGCGCCGACGGCCACAUCAUGCUCACCGACUUCGACCUCUCCCUCAAGUGCGACCCCACCGCGCCCACGCCCGCUCACGUCAUCUCCGACCCGCUCUCCUCCCUCGCCGGCCGCUCCGCCGCCGUGUCCACGUCCUGCACCAUCUCCUCCUGCAUCGUCCCCACCGUGUCCUGCUUCCAGCUCUUCCCCGGCCGCGGCCGCAGCCGCCGGCGCCGGCGCUGGCGCACCAAGAAGCCGUCGUCGUCCAACAGCGGAAACAUCAGCAGAUUCCCCUCCGGCGGCAGUGGUGGGCUCGAGCUGGAGUUUGUUGCCGAGCCAGUGGAGCUCCGGUCCAUGUCGUUCGUCGGCACGCACGAGUACCUGGCGCCCGAGAUCGUGUCCGGGGAAGGCCACGGCAGCUCCGUCGACUGGUGGACGCUGGGCGUCUUCAUCUUCGAGCUCCUCUACGGGGUGACCCCGUUCAAGGGCUACGACAAUGAGAUGACGCUGGCAAACAUCGUGGCGCGCGCGCUCGAGUUCCCCAAGGAGCCUUCGGUGUCGUCAGCCGCCAAGGACCUCGUCACCGCGCUGCUCGCCAAGGACCCCGCCCGGCGGCUCGGCGCCACGGUUGGCGCGGCCGCGAUCAAGCGGCACCCGUUCUUCAGCGGCGUCAACUGGGCGCUGCUCCGGUGCGCCACGCCACCGUACGUGCCGCCGCCGUUCAGCUUGGGGAAUAAUGUCAAGGGUGGUGCGGCUGGUGGUGGCGGUGCCGGCAGCAGCGCCAACGAUGACGGCAUGUCGGACGACGACGACAGUUGUCCCGGCACGCCCGUGGAGUACUACUAGACAAGCCAAGGAGAAGCGUCCAUAUGUCGACCUGCGCGUGUGUGAAAAGAAGCUGCCUGCCCUGCCCGGCCUGAUGCCAUCGCCGGGACCCGAUCAGGCAGCUCUUGUCUGAGUCCGGCCGAGCCGGCGCGCGUGCACGUGGUGGGGGAUGGACCACGGCGCGAGCACGAGGCAGCCGGGUCGGGCGGGACACCGCGCGCUGUCGCCUCAAGUGGUUGCGAGCUGCCUGUCUCCGAGAGCUCUUGCGCCAUGGCAAGCAGGCGACAAUGCGCACGCUGUAUGAAUAACUUAAUGCCGUUCUUGUUGCAGUUAUUAGCACUAGUACGUGUCUUAACCUGGCUUCAGUUGUGGCAAUUGCCAGGUCGCAUUGGUUAGUGCCUGUCUCUGGAAAAUGUGUAGCUAGCUAGAGCUAAUACAUGCGGGGGUGUUGCUUGGAACGCAUAGGAAAUUCUUGUGAAAUCUCGUGUUCCAAGCAGGACCUUUUUGGAAUUGUAUCAUGCAUGUUCUUGAGUUUCUCACUUGUUCUAUUAUCA